UGUUGGGUGUACGUGCAGUUGACUUCAUGAUGAUAUUUAAGCAGAGUUUUACUGUUAUCAAGAGAAUAUCAAGGUUACACUCCACACAGCAUGUUAAUGGAAAACUGCCUUCAUCAAGGAGAUAUGCAAAAUAUGGUUUGUUUGUACUGGCUGUGGGAGGAGCUGCUACAGCUUACUCACUACAAACUGAACAAGAAAAGAGGGUCCUGAGGGUAGCUGUGAGUGGGGUGGGCAGAUUUUUGAGAUCAUUGCGAGUGGGCCUGAAAAUCUCAUUUGAUUAUUGGUGGUCUUUACAUGGCCUGGAUGAAAUGUCAGACGAAUAUGUUGAGGCACUGAAACCAAUUCACCAGAGAGCUGCAGAUAGUAUUCUGGAUGGCUGUCUGAAGAAUGGUGGACUUUAUGUCAAACUGGGUCAAGGUCUUGUCUCAUUAAACCACAUUUUGCCUCGUGAAUAUCUCGAAACGCUUAAGGCCCUUCAGGAUAAGUGCUUGACUCGUGAAACAGGAGAAGUUCUUCAGUUAUUUAUGGAAGACUUUGGAAAACCGCACACAGAGAUAUUUGAAACUUUUGAUGAGGAGCCUAUAGCAGCAGCUAGCCUUGCCCAGGUGUUCCGAGCUACCACUAAGAAUGGUGAAGAAGUUGCGGUGAAAGUGCAAUACAUCGAUCUGCAGGACAGGUUUAUAGGAGAUAUACUAACAAUAAAAUUUCUUCUGAAGUUGAUUGGUUGGAUGCACCCAAAAUUUGACUUUGAGUGGGUACUGUUGGAAUUGAGGGACACACUAGAGCAAGAACUUGAUUUUUUAAAUGAGGGGAAAAAUUCUGAAAGGUGUGCAAGAGACCUGUCACAUUUCCCAUUUGUUUACGUACCUAAGGUUUACUGGAAUUUAAGCAGCAAAAGGGUACUCACUACGGAAUUCGUGCAUGCUACUAAAGUGAAUGAUGUACAAGGAUUGCGGAAUUAUGGCUUUUCUCUUUCUGAUGUCGACGAAAAGCUUUUCAGAGCAUUUGCUGAACAAAUAUUUCACACUGGUUUUGUUCAUGCUGAUCCACAUCCAGGAAAUGUGCUUGUUCGUAAAGGAAAGAAUGGGAAAGCUGAACUUGUCCUGUUAGAUCAUGGUUUAUAUGAAUAUUUACCAUCGACUAUAAGACAGUCAUUAUGUAAACUAUGGAAGUCAAUUGUUAUGAACGAUCACCCAAGUAUGAAACGGUAUGCAGCUGAACUUGGCGUUAAAGACUAUGAACAGUUAUCUGAAAUUCUAACACAGAGGCCACUAAGGAUGUCAAACUAUGUAUUGAAAGUGAGUCUUAGUGAUGAUGAUAUGAAAUACAUGACAGAAGUAGCUCGUAAAAAAUUUGACAAAAUAAUGACAGCUCUCCGAAUGAUGCCAAACUCUAUGCUAUUAGUAAUCCGGAACAUAAACACAAUAAGAGCAAUAGCAAAAGAGCAUGGCGAUCCUGUUGACCGCUACACUGUGAUGGCUAGAAGUGCAACUCAAGGUGCCUUUAAAUUUGAAGGAGCUGGCCUCUCCCAUAAAGUCUUGGCCUUCAGAGAAAGGACAUCUUUUGAAAUGAAAUUAUGGUAUGGUCGGUUAAGGUAUGCACUGCUCCAGUACUUAAUAAGAAUUUUACAACUGUUUGGAAGAGUACCAGAUGCUGUAGUAGGAGCAAUGAAUGCAUAAUUGAACAGUUGUGAUACCAAAGUUACUAUUAAUAUGUAUAUCAGUGUUCAGUAUAUUGGAGAUCAGUGCAAAUGAUGUGUUAUAAUUUUGAUACCUCACUUUGCCAUAUAUUUUGUCACAAACUAUUCAACAAAUGUUAUUGUUAUAUUCUUGUAAACGGCUUUAAAGAAAUAAUAAAAUUUUAGUAAUCAUUUUUGUAAA